UUUAUUUUUUUAAAGUAUACUGCAGCUUUAUGAGUCCUUAAGUGUAUUGGUAGAUAUAUGACCUAGUUAGAAAUCUUAUACAUGGAAGAAAGAUUGAGGGAGGCUUCUGCUUUGGGGGACUUGGAAGAAGUGCAGAGUAUUAUCAAAAGUGGGGCAGAUGUCAACAAUCAGAAUGAAAUCAACGGAUGGACUUCCCUUCACUGGGCUUGUAAAAGAAAUCAAAUUCAGGUUGUGUCUUAUCUGCUAGAAUCUGGAGCGGACAAUACCAUUCUCACAACCAAAGGGGAGAGACCAGAGCAACUGACAUCAAAGAACGAAAUAAAGAAAUUAUUGGGAGUGGAAGACCUUGAAACUGAAGAUGUAAAACCUGAAUCGGGAUUGCCAUUUGUUCCAAAUUAUUUAGCAAAUCCACCUUUUCCGUACAGUUAUAACAGAGAGUCGUCUUCCAAGGAAGCGUAUUCUACCACGUCCCAUUCUGAAAAUGGCGGCUCCUGCUGCGCUCCCCAGUCCACAGCUAGCUUCCCUUUGGUCACCAACGGAAUGGAAAAUAUACACAUUUCUACCUCAUCAAAGAAAGAAGACACUUUGCCAGCAUUAUUCUUUAAUGGUGAUGUCCAGAUUCCACAAGAAUGUACGCACUCUCCUGUACCCAAUGGAUCCUCCUGUCAGCCUUCAAUAUCCCAAGGCAGGAGCAUGUUUUCCUCUGUCCCAUCUAAUUUGCAACACGGCAGCGUCCACACUGGACCUAUGCAAGUAUUUCAGCCAUUUUUUUUUACUGGAGCCUUCCCGUCUCAUUUGAAAGAGUUGGUUCUAAAAGUGCGAAUUCAGAACAGCACUCUCGUUGACAAUGACUUCAUUGAAGUUGAAAUGGAUAGGGAAGAGCUUACGUACCGUGAACUGGUUCGUGUGUGCUGCUACGAACUUGGCGUUAGCCCUGAGCAAGUGGAGAAAAUUAGAAAACUACCCAACACUAUAAUUCGAAAGGACAAAGAUGUUGCAAGACUUCAAGAUUUCCAGGAGUUGGAACUCGUUCUCCGAACUGACAGCAGUAUGUUUCGAACAGCCGCCACCCUGGCCGAGCGGCCAUGUUUCAACAAUAAAGCUUCACAUCUAACAUACUAAUAGCAUCACACAAAGGCAUGUGUUCAAACUGAGUGUAUUCUAAUAACCCAACUAAACGUGGAACAAUAAAAACGUUCCUGCUGUAAUACUAACAAUUAAUCCGCUAAACGUUUCAAAAAGCACAAAUCACUUAAAGAUGGGGAAAGCAGUAUUUUUUACUAAUUCCGUUAAUUCAUAUUAUUUUUUAAUCGGCUGGUUUUUGCAGUAUUUCAGGGGUGGCGUAGGGCUAUUUUUACAUAAAUUACUUGGUAGUCUAUCCGGCUUUCAAUUUAUAACCCAGGCUCUUAACCAAUCUUUCCAAUAUGUGUGAAAUCCCAAAUGUAGCUUUGUAGGCAUAUUUAAUUUAUUGACAGUGGACGUUAACAAAAUGACCUUUAUUCUGUACUAAGGAGGGCCUGUCUAGCCUUUUUCUGACUGACACCAAUUAAUCUGACCUAAUACAACAAUUUAAAGAGAUACAUUAUAGAAAAGAUGCUUUGUUAAAGACUGCACAGAGUUUUUGGAAUUUAAGUACUUAUUGUUUACAAAUAAACAGCUACAAUAUUGUC